AUGCGAUCAACCAUUGCUCUCACUUUCCUAUUCAUAUCCUCUCUCAUCUACUCUGCCCUUGCAGACUACGUUGACAUGGUCAUCGAAUCCGAAAAAGACCUCGCUGCUACUCUGGACAAAUUCGUGGAAGAUCAUCCCGAUACAUACGACUUCAUUGCCAAAACCUUCGAUGGGAAAAUUGUCAUCCAAAUCCGAUUCGAAGACGAUACCGUUGGUAUAGAAGGAUUUUUCACCGAGACAGAGGAGCUAUUGGAUGACUUGGACGUAGCGCAAAAAUCAAUCUUGGGUUCUAUUUCUCUCAGUGAUGACUAUAAUGAUCAACAAUGGGGAGGGACCACUUUGGCAAGUCUUCAAGGGUACAGAUACGGCGCUCCGGACGAGUUGGAAAAAAGGUUGAUCUGUGCACCAUGUCGAGGUUGUUUAAGAGAUAUCAACGAACACCUCAAGAAAAGAGUAUCACUCUGUGGACAAUUUUGCGCUACAAGGUUGAGUUGUGUGGUGCCGGGUUGUCAAAGAUGUUACUACACCGGAGGCGCAUGCCUAUGGCAAAAAUCCUGUCAAAGAGUGAGCUUUUUCCACCUAUCCAUCCAGUCAGAUAAUGUGGUCACAGAAUAA